GUUUAACCGCAAAUGCCUAAAGAUGGCUUCUGCAAAACAAAAAGUACAAAGUAUCAGCGCGCAAGAUGACGCAGCUGCCGAAAUGGAUGAGCAUUCGAAAGAAGCAAAAGAAGCUUCCGAAGCUGGCAGCAGUAAAGUUGACGGAGCUGGUAAGUCGCCUGAAAAAAAUCUUCAACAACUGGACACCAACAUAACCACUCCGAUUGAGAAGGUAACUUCUGCAAAACAAAAAGAAGAAAGUAUCAGCGAGCAAGAUUACGUAACCGUCGAAAUGGAUGAGUAUUGGAAUGAAGCAAUGAAGGAAGCUCUUGAAGCUGGCAGCAGUAAAGUUGACGGAGCUGGUAAGUCGCCUGAACAAAAUCUUCAACAACUGGACACCAACAUAACCACUCCGAUUGAGAAGAUAACUUCUGCAAAACAAAAAGAACAAAGUAUCAGCGAGCAAGAUGACGUAACCGUCGAAAUGGAUGAUUAUUGGAAUGAAGAAAUGAAGGAAGCUCUCGAAGCUAGCAGCAGUAAAGUUGACGGAUUUGGUAGGCCUGCUACAGAAGAAAUUUGUCAAAGAAUGGACAGCAGAAUGAUCACUCUGACUGAGCAGCUCAAGCUAAUCGAAGGGCAGAUUGGGAAGCUGAAUGUUCAAGAUCCAAAAUGUCGAAAUAGAAAACCAAUAGCAAUACCUGAGCCUCCAUCCCCUGAUACCUUGACGGGUAAACCGUUACUUGCUGAGUUAAUGAAAAGUAUUGGUCAACUCACUGUAGAACGUGAUAUUCUUCAAGUAAAGCUUCGUAUCAUGGCUUCAGAAAUCAAAGUGCACAAUCCAAAAUCGCGAGUAAGAAAGAAGGCCCAAGUUGCGAUAACCGAUGUAACCUCAGCAUUUGACCUAGCGAAAAAUGAACUACGUUUAUUGGAAGAGGAGGCCGCCAAUCUUAUCGAACCGUUCGAUAAAUUGACGGAUGAUGUAGAAGAAUUCCGUUUCAUAAGGAAAUUAAGAGAGCAAUUGGAGAGUGACGAAUUGGUCCUUUUUAGGCAUACAGGGAAAGAAUGACGUGUGGCUUAAAUUGCAGAGCGGAUUAAAAUAAUCAGAUUAAACUUUAUAUUAUGUAACCAUUUUUAUGCGUAAAUAAAUAAAUAAACGAACAAAUGCAA